AUGGCCAACACAACGGAGAAGAUGGCAGUUGUCGACUCAGCCAAGGAGGAACAAGGCUCCUCAAUUGACGCCCCGGUCAAUGCGUCCGGUCACCGCCAGGAGCUCCAGCGCAACUACGGUCUGCUGAGUAUCUGCGCUCUCGCCAUCACUACCGGAAACACAUGGAUUGCGCAGGGAGGAAGUAUAGCCACCGCUCUCUCCAAUGGAGGACCAUCGGGUGUCAUCUACGAAUUUAUCGCGGUCUCAGUCUGCUACUGGAUGGUGGCUGCCUCUAUUGCUGAGCUGGCCUCGGGAAUGCCGUCGGCUGGUGGUGUCUACCAUUGGGCUUCUAUUACUGCUGGGAAAUAUGGUCGCGUCUGCGGUUUCUUCGCUGGUUGGUGGAACUGCUUGGCCUGGGUGCUUGGUGGUGCCUCGGUCUCUGCCAUUCUUGGACAGCAGACGGUCUCCAUGUAUGCGCUGAUGCACCCCGGGUUUGAGAUGAAGGCGUGGCAUGUCUUCGUCAGCUUCAUCAUCUGCACCUGGCUAUGCUGCUCUAUCGUCCUGUUCCUGAACCGCUUCCUCCCGCAGUUAAACAACAUCGGCGGAUUCUUCAUUCUCUCCGGUGUGCUCAUCGUCAUCAUCGUCGCUGCCUGCAUGCCCCAUGUCAAGGACAUUCCAUAUGCUACGAACGAGGACGUCUGGCGGACCUGGACAAACUCAACCGGGUACUCUAGCAAUGGUUUUGUCUUCGUCGCCGGUAUGCUUAACGGUGCCUACGCUGUCGGCACACCCGACUGCUCGACCCAUCUCGCCGAGGAGAUUCCCCAACCCAGCAAGAACAUCCCCAAGGCCGUCUUUGCCCAGAUGAGCGUUGGCUUCAUCGCCGGUCUACUUUACAUGAUCGCGCUUUUCUACGCCGUUAACGACCUCGACUCUGUUCUGGCAGCUACUUUCCCCCUUGCUGAGAUCUACCGUCAGGCAAGCGGAUCCCGGGGUGGCGGUCUCGGCCUUUUGAUCAUCACCUUCCUACCGACUGUCAUCAACUGUGCUGGUUGCUACAUCACCGCCGGUCGUACCCUCUGGACUCUUGCUCGUGACGGAGCAACCCCCUUCCCCAACUGGACCGGCCGCAUCAACUCGCGCAUGCACAACCCUUUCAACGCGACCCUUAUCUGCGGUGUUGCCAUUACAGUCCUCGCCUGUAUCUAUGUCGGCUCUACCACUGCCUUUAAUGCCUUCGUCGGUUGCUUCGUCCAGCUGUCCUCUCUUUCAUACUUCGCCGCCAUCCUCCCUCAUGUUCUCACCAAGCGCUCAUCCUUCGUCCGCGGUUACUUCUGGAUGGGUAACAUCGGAUACCUCUUCAACAUUCUCAGCUGCAUUUACAUUAUCGCCUUCGUCGUGAUCUUCUGCUUCCCCUUUGCCCUGCCCACGGAUGCAGCCUCCAUGAACUACGCCAGCUUGAUGACUGGCGGUCUUACCAUCUUCGUCGCCAUCAACUGGUUCUUCCGAAUGGGUUCAUAUGAGGGUCCCAAGUUUGUCCCUUUGACUGACAGGGCCCUAGCGGAUGACGCUAAAUAA